CUCUCUCUGUCUCUCUGUCUCUGUCUCUCUCUCUCUCUCUCUCUCUCUCUCUCUCUCUCUCUCUCUCUCUGACAGCAGAUUAACCGGGUCAGCAGCUGAUCCGGACAGAUGGUACCGGUCUGCAGCGCUCAGUCCUGACCGCACACGGUCCGAGUCUUCCGAGGACUCGGUGCACGGAGGACUCGGUGCAGGGGGGCAGAGCGAAUCACACGUCAGAGGACAGACCGAUGAUCGGAGUCAAAGUGCAGACAGGAAGCUGCUCCUGAUCAGCGCCAUCAUGGAGCGGGGUUCUGUUCCUGCCGCGGGUCUGAUGUGGAUCCUGGGGGUCCUGGUAACGAGUUCGGGUCCGGUUCGGUCCCACCCGCAGUGUCUGGACUUCAAACCUCCGUUCAGACCGCUCCAAGAGCUGACGUUUUGCGUCAUGUACCGAGACUUCGGCUGCUGUGACUUCGACAGAGACCAGCAGCUGAUGAGAAAGUAUUACGUCAUCAUGGAUCAGUUCGACUACCAUGGCUACGCGACCUGCGCGAGCUACGUCCAGGACCUGCUCUGUCAGGAGUGUUCUCCAUUUGCAGCUCACCUGUUCGACGCCGAGGACCCGAGCACCCCGAUCAGAACAAUCCCUGGACUCUGUCCGGACUACUGCUCCAUGUUCUGGAGGAAGUGCAGCUCCACCCUCCCCCUGAUCUCUGACGACCCGGUCGUCUCUCGUUUCAAAGACGACGAGAUGCGUCUCUGUCGACACCUAGAGCUGGACGAUCCGGACUACUGCUACCCUCACCUCCUCAGUAACGACAGACUGACCCAGAACCUGGGCCGGGUCCAGUCCGACUCUGAUGGCUGUCUUCAACUCUGUCUGGAGGAAGUCGCCAACGGGCUGAAGAACCCCCUCGCCAUGGUGCACGCCAACGACGGCACGCACCGCUUCUUUGUGGCCGAGCAGGUCGGCCUGGUGUGGACUUACCUGCCGGAUCGGUCCAGACUGGAGAAACCGUUUAUGAACAUCACGAAGGCGGUCCUGACGUCGUCCUGGGAGGGAGACGAGAGAGGAUUCCUCGGACUCACCUUCCACCCAAAGCACAAAUUCAACGGGAAGCUGUACGUGUAUUACUCUGUGGAGGUCGGGUUCGACGAACGGAUCCGGAUCAGCGAGUUCCGCGUGUCUCCCAACGACAUGAACCAGGUGGAUCACCGUUCUGAGAGGGUCAUUCUAGAGAUUGAUGAACCGGCCUCAAACCAUAAUGGAGGACAGCUUCUCUUUGCAGACGACGGCUUCUUGUACAUUUUCACCGGGGACGGAGGGAUGGCCGGAGACCCGUUUGGGAAAUAUGGGAACGCCCAGAACCGGUCGGCUCUGUUGGGUAAAGCUCUGCGUAUUGACGUGGACGACAAUGAAAGAGGUCCGUUGUACAGAAUUCCUCCCGAUAAUCCCUUCAUACACGAGCGUGGGGCUCGUCCCGAGAUCUAUGCGUACGGCGUCCGGAACAUGUGGAGGUGUUCCGUGGACCGGGGGGACCCGCGGACCAAAGAGGGCAAAGGUCGGAUCUUCUGCGGGGACGUGGGUCAGAACAAGUUC